AUGAGGAGUUCAGAGAAAAGCCCGAGACGCUGGGCUUCGGGCCCCGCAAGUGCAGCAACACUUCAGCAGCAGCAGCAGCAGCAGCAGCAGCAGCAGCAGCAGCAGCGGCACGAGCCGCACAAGCAGCUGCAGCAGCAACAGCAACACAACGGGAAACACUGGAUUUUGCCGCAGCACUUGCAGCAGCAGCAGCAGCAGCAGCAGCAGCAGCAGCAGCAGCAGCAGCCGCUGCGGCGGCAGGAGCAGCAACAGAGCCAGCAGCAGCAACAGCAGCAGCAGCGAAUUCGGCAGGAGAGGUCCUUCACCUCCACUCCCCUCUGGGGCACCUCAAGCCAUGCACAGGCCAGAGAAGCAAAUUUGGUUUGCAAGAAGCAGCGGAAGGCAACAGCAAAGUUGGAAAGGACUUUGGACUUGUUGGUGGAUGCGCUCGAGGCCACGAGAAGAAUUUUAGAGGCAGCUCAGGGGGCACCAAAGGGGGUUAACGGCGGUAGCAGCGGUAGCAGCAGCAGCAGCAGCAGCAGCAGCAGCAGCAGCAGCAGCAGCAGCAGCAGCAGCAGUCAUAGCGGCACAGUAGCUGCUUCGUCGGCUGAAGAACAACAACGGGGACGGCAGCAGGAACAGCAGCUGCAGCAGCAGCAGCAACAGGAGCAGGAACAACGACAGCAGCAGCAACAACAGCAGCACCAGCAACCAGAAGACCAGCAGCAACAGCAAGAGCAGCAGCAGCAGCAAGAGGGGAAGCAGGAGCAACAGCCACAGCAGCAACAGCAGCAGCAGCAGCAACAACAGCAGGAACAGGAACGCCAGGAACAGCAGCAGCCCAACAGCUCGGCAGCUGCGGCGCCGGAAGGGCCAGAAGCAGCAACAGCAGCAGCAGCAGCAACAGCAGCAGCAGCAACAGCAGCAGCAGCAAAGGCUUCUGAGGCAGCUGUGCAAACAGCUAUGACUACUCUGGGGGCGCAAAUCUCCCUCUUGGGCUUGGAGGAAGCAAUUGGCCAAGCCCAAGAAGCUCCCUUUUUGCUGCUGCUGCAGCUGAUAAAGAAAGCAGCAGCAGCAUUUGCUGACGACAUGCCUGCUGCUGCUGCUCACCUGCCUGCAGUGCAGCAGCAGCUGACGCCGCUGCUCGCGCAGACGGCGGAGCCGCAGCCAGUGCAGCAGCAGCAGCAGCAGCGGCAGCAGCAGCAGCAGCUGCAGCUGCAGCAGAGGCGCCAGCAGCUCGCCCAGCUGCUGCAGCAGCAGCACAGUCACCCCGACCCCCGCCUGCCGCAGCAGGUGCUUGCGGCUCUAAGGCAGGAGCUGCAGCAGCUGCUGCAGCUGGAGCAGCUUCAGUGGCAGCAGCAGCACGGCGAAGAGGAAGGCUCCCCAGCAGCAGCAGCAGCAGCAACAGCAGCAACAGCAGCAGCAGCAAAGGCCAAUGCCGUCCAGGGCCCGCAGCUUAUCAUUGCCAAGCUUCUUGCACUCCAUUUCCUUCAUCAGGGCCACUUCGCUCUCUACGACCUCUUAUGUGAGGAGCUCGCCAUGCAGCUGCCUGCUGCCAAAGCGCAGCAGCAGCGGCAGCAGCUGCAGAAGCAGGAGGCGGAGCAGCAGCAGAAGCAGCAGCAGCAGCAGCAGCAGCAGCAGCAGCAGCAGAUCCGCGAGGAACCUGAUCGCGACGAUUGUGAACCCCCGCCGAAGAAGAAGUUGCAGCAUCUAGAUCGGGUGGUGCAGCAGCUUGGGGAUGUACAGCAGCAGCAGCAGCAGCAGCAGCAGCAGCAGCAGCAGCUAAAGCAAGAGCAGCAGCAGCAGCAGCAGAAGCAACAACAGCUACAGUGUCCACCACAGCAGGCCGAGGCGGGACUGUUUAAUUCCCUCAAGGGGCCAAGCCCUCAAGAGGCUGUCAGCAACAGCAACAGCAACAGCAACAGCAGCAGCAGCAGCAGCAGCAGCAGCAGCAGCAGCAGCAGCAGCAGCGUGGAGACUCGUUGCUCGAACGGAUACUGUUUCUGUCUCCACUGUGGAGAGCGGUGUGGCACAGGCAGCAGCAGCAGCAGCAACAGCAGCAGCAGCAGCAGCAGCAGCAGCAGGCCCCAUCCACCACAGCUGCUGCCCUGUGCAGUAGUGCUGAACUCGCUGCGAGAGGCUCGGCUAGAGCAGCUGCUGCGGUGGGGGGCCCUGCCGCCGGCAGAAGCAGAAGUGCUGCAGCAGGAGCAGCAAAAGAAGAAGCAGCAGCAGCAGCAGCUGCUGCUGCAGCUGUCCCCGCCGAGCGCCGAAACUCCCGCUGCAGCCGCAGCAGCAGCAGCAGCAGCAGCGGGGACCAGCGGCUGCUGCUGCUUCCGCAGCAGCUGCUGGAAGCAGCAAGGAGUUGAUGCUGCUCUUAGUUGGGUUUAUUCUUUAAGUCAAAAGACAAGAAAGAAACACCAAAGACUUGAAUUCAUGCUGCACAAACUCAAGUUCUUCACUUUGCUGUCGCCUUCCACUGAGGGAGAGGCCCUGGCCUACUGCCGCAGCUAUUUAAUGCCAUUUUGGGGAAAACACAAAAAGGAAAUAUCGAAGGCCAUGGGCAUUGUGGCAUUUGUGGGUUCUGCUGCUGCUGCUGCUGCUGCGGGCCGGCAGCGAGCAGCAGCAGCAGCAGCAGCAGCAGCAGGGAAGCCGGGGGCUGCAGGCGAAGCAGCAGCAGCAGCAGCGCCGAUGGAAACAGACCCCACAAACGCGACUUCACCGGCAGCAGCAGCUGCUGCAGCAGAGGGCGGGAAGCUGGCAGUACGCAGUCGUCCAGCAGCAGCAGGUGCUGCUGCUGCUGCUGCUGCUGCUGCUGCUGCUGCUGCUGCCUUGAAAGAAGAUGGGGCAGGCAGCCCCUACUCGGUGCUGCUGUUCACAAGUGCCUGGGAAGAGACAGAGCAGCUGCUGCGGGAGACAAUGAUGGCUGUGGGCGUUCGCCUGCCCGUGCAAGCAGCAGCAGCAGCAGCGGCAGCAGCAGCAGCAGCAGUAGCAGCAGCAGCGAAGCCUGCGGCGCUUCGAUUUUCUUCGCCUGUGGAUUCCACUGCGCCGCAGCAGCUGGGAGUCGACUUUGCUGCUGCUGCUGCUGCUGCUGCUGCAGGGAGAGGGGGGCACACCUCCCGCAGGAGGCGAAACAGGCGGCAGCAGCAGCAGCUGCAGCAGCAGCACUCGCCCUCAGUGCCGCUGCAUCAGCAGCUGCAGCAGCUGCAGCACCAGCAGCACCAGCAGCAGCAGCACCAGCAACAGCUGCAGCAUCUGCAGCAGCAGCGCCAGCAGCGCCUGGGGCUGCACACAGCGCGCACCCCAACAGGCAGCAGGGGGGGCGUCCCUGCUGCAGCAGCAGCAGCAGCAGCAGCAGCUUCGCGGGCAGCAGAAACAUCAGGGGGCAGAGCAGCAGCAGCACGAUCAGCAGUGGGGGCCGCAAUAGCAGCAACAGCAGCAGGGUCCAGAACUUUAUUAGUGGGCGCAGCAGCUGCAGCGCGGUCUGCAGCGAUAGCAGCAGCAGCAGCAGCAGCAGCAGGUAUCCCACCGUCGCCUUCGCCCUCUUACGAGUGGCAGCCGCCUCCGCAGCAGCAGCAGCAGCAGCAGCAGCAGCAGCGGCAGCAGGGCGCAGGGUUCCACAGACCGCCAAGGGAGAGGCUCAGCUUCUCGUUUGCUGCUGCGGGUGCUGCUGCAGCUGGUGCUGCAGCUGCUGCUGCAGCUGGUGCUGCUGCAGCACCAGCCUACCAGCCUCUUGCUGCUCGGACGGCCCCGAGGAACUCCCCGCAGCAGCUGCAGCAGCUCACUCCUGUUUACAGUCUGCUGAGCCCAGCAGCAGCAGCAGCAGCUGCUGCUGCUGCUGCUGCUCAGGAAACCCCAGACUGUCUGCUUAGAGACCCGCCACUCCCCGCCCUGCCGCCCUACCACUGGUACACCUUCACGCGCCACUGCAGCAGCAGCAGCAGCAGCAGCAGCAGCAGCAGCAGCAGCAGCAGCUGGCUGCCGCGGCUUGCGACUGCAGAGGACCCGCUGGGAGGAAACCAUUUUAGGGGUGACGGCUUCUCAGCUGCUGCUGUUUCCAUUCGAGCUGCUUCUCCUCCGGUUGCUGCUGCUGCUUCUGUUGCUGCUGCUGCUGCUGCUGCUGCCGGGAGCCACGCGAGGGCUGCUGCGCGGGGGCAGGACCUUGCAGAGUUUCCAGCAGCAGCAGCAGCAGGAGCAGCAGCCCCAGCUGCAGCAGCAUCUUCUGGAGGGUCUCCCCCUCCCCCAGCAGCAGCAACAGCAGCAGCAGCAGCAGCAGCAACAGCAGAAGCUGAUGCCCUCUGGGCUUAUUCCCUCACAGCGCAGCGGGGAACUCCCGCGGCGCUGCGGCGAAUGCUGGCAGUCUGCAGGCCCAGGCAGCAGCAGCAGCAGCAGCAGCAGCAGCAGGGAGAGCUAGACGAGCAGCAGCAGCAGCAGCAGCAGCAGCAGCAGCAGCAGGAAGAUGAGGGGGAGCCAGUGGUGCUGCGCUGCCGCAGCUGCACCACGGGGCCCCACAACCGAGAUGUCUUUCUUGCUGUUACUGGUGGGGGGGCCCUAAGUCCUCACUGGGGUGCUGCUUUUGUUGCUUCGGUGCUUAGCAGCAGCAUGGGCAGCAGCAGCAGCAGCAGCAGCAGCAGCACCAGCAGCAGCAGCACGGCCAACAGCAUCGCGACCCUGUCUUGGCUGCAGCUGCUGGAGCUCGCCCACACCCAGACCAUGUGGCCCGCGCGGGGCCCCGCGGCUCCGCUGCUGCAGCAGCCCCCCCCCAGCCCAGCAGCAGCAGCAGCAGCAGCAGCAGCAGCAGCAGCAGCAGCAGAUGGAGACGCAGUGGCAGAACUGUGCAGGAGGGGCCGCCCAGGGAGACAGCCAGGGAAAGGCGGAGACUUAAUGGCUUUGACCCGCAGCUACAGAAGGGCCUUUUCUGUGGGGCGGUGCUGCAGCAGCAUCUGGGGAGCAGCAACAGCAGCAGCAGCAGCAGCAGCAGGAGGCGCGCAGGCGGCGGAGAGCAGCGCCGAGCCGCAGCAGCAGUCACAGCCGCUCCCCAAGCAGCAGGAAGCAGCUGCAGCAGACAGUCUGCUGCACUCCGCAGCUUCUCGCAACGGCGCAGCAGCAGCAGCAGCAGACGGUGCAGCAGCGCGGUCUGCGAUGCAGAGGUCGCAAGAAGCAGCAGCAGCAGCAGCAGCAGCAGCAACUGCUGCUGCUGCUGCUGCUGCUGCUGCGCGACUCAGAGCUACCUCAGCACUUGCCAUUGCUGGGGCUUCUCUUACUUGCCCCAUUACGCCCGACGAGGUGGUAGCAGCACCAACUACAGCAGCACCGUUCGCAGCAGCAGACGCAGCAGCAGAAGCAGCAGCAGCAGCGCCAGCAGAUGCAGCAGCAGAUGCGGCAGCAGCAGGUGCAGCAGCAGCAGAGGCAGCGGGAGAGGGUGCUGCGCAUCAGCAGCAGCGCGCGCCCGCCAGCCCUUCGGCUGCCGCGCUUGCUGUUGCUCCCCCAGCAGCAGCAGCAGCAGCAGCAGCAGGAGCAGCAGCAGCAGGAGCUGCAGCAGCAGCAGCAGAAGGGGAGAGCUGCUUGGGGGACCCCGUCGCCCUUGUGUUGUGCGGGAUCCUGCAGCUGAAGGAGUUGCUGCCAGCGCUGCAGCGGCAGGAGCAGCAGGAGCUGGACGAGCAGCGGGAGCGGGAGCAGCAGGAGCAGCAGCAGCAGCAGCAGCAGCAGCUGCUGCUGCUGCCCCCCCGCGGCCCCUGGGUCCCCUUCGGCACUGAAAUGAGAAUGCUUGCGAGGAGACAGCCGCAGCACAGGCCUUAUGGAGAUGUAAUAAAUGGAGACAUAAGAGCAGCAAGAGCUGUGGCGCGUUUGCUGGAAAGGAGGCAAAGGGGGGACAAGGAGCAGCGCCGCAGGGCGCUGCUGGCGGAGGCCACAGCUUUGGCAGAGCAGCGGGAAAAAGACCCUCUUGCUGGCAGCCUUUUGAACCUUUUGCUGCUGCCGGGCCCCACAGGCAACAUGUCAGCAGCAGCAGUUGCUGCUGCUGUGGCUGUGGAGGACGCUGCUGCUGCUCGGAAAGCUGCCCAGCAGCAGCAGCAGCAGCAGCAGCAGCAGCAGCAGCAGCAGCGAGCAGAAGGCGGCAUUGCCGAGGAGGAAGCAGCAGCUGGCUCUGCUGCUGCGUCCGUUCCCGCAGCAAUGCAUGCGGAGGAAGCAGCAGCAUCAGCAGCAGCAUUAACAGCAGCAGCAGCAGCAGCAGCAAAUUCUGCUGCUGCGGCUGAUCCUAUUUUUGCGCAGCCUUCUCCAAACGCAGAGAAUGGAGGCCAUUCUGCUGCAGCUGCAGCAGGCUCUGCUGCUGCUGCUGCUGCUGAUGCACCUGCAGGGUCUCCUGCUUCUGGUGAGUCAUCGAGUGUAGUGGAGGGCAAUUCUGCUGCUGCUGCUGCUGCUGCUGCUGCUGCAGGUGCAGCAGCAGCAGAACACGAGUCCGCAGCAGCAGCAGCCGCAGCAGACGGGGCUUCCCCUAUGGAGGCAGAUACGCCGCUUUCUCGCGCUUCCCCAGCCGGUGCAGCAGCACAAGCAGCAGCAGCAGCAGCAGCAGCAGCAGGAAGCGAGUCCGAGGCCAGGCAGGAGCCUCUGCUGCUGCAGGAGCUGCGGCUGCUGGGGCUGAUGGUGCAGCACGUGCUGCGGCGGCAGCAGCAGCAGCGGCAGCGUUUGCUGCCGCUCUCGCGGGCCUUCAUUGUGGCUGAGGAAGAGCGAAAGGCGCUGCUGCAGACUGCAGCAGAAGUGCAGCAGGGGUUAGCAGCAGCAGCAGCAGCAGCAAAACAAGCGCUGCAGAACGCCCGCAGCAAGAAGCAGCUCCGCGGCCGCAGUGGCCCUUCUAAGAGCGUGUCUCUUCGCAGCGUCAGUGCAGGGGUUACAUCGGCUUGCCAGCAGCAGCAGCAGCAGCAGCAGCAAGAGCAGCAGCGGCAGCUGCAGCUGCUGCAGCUGCAGCGGGAACGGCGGCUGCUGCAGCGGAGAGGACCCCUGUGGCGGCUGCAGCGAAUGGCUGCUAGCCACGGCCCUUAUCUGCAGCAGGCGCAGCUGCACCGGCAGCAGCAGCAGCAGCAGCAGCAGCGGCAGCAGCGGCAGCAGCAGCGGCAGUUGCAGCGGCAGCAGCAACGCGCUGCAGAGCAAGCAAAUGCGUCAAGGGCUUCGCCGCCACAGCGCCAGCAGCCUGCAGCAGCACGACAGCAGCAGCAGCAGAGGCAGCAGCAGCAGCAGACGCAGCAGCAGCAGCAGCAGCAGCAGCAGCAGCGACAGCAACAACAGCAACAAACUCCCCAUGGUGCUCUCUCUGACGUGCAUCGCCAGCCAUUUCCAGAAGAGCAGCAGCAAGGAAUAGGAGCGACAGACCGCAGCAUGGAGCAGCAGCAGCAACAGCAGCAGCAGCAACAGCAGCAGCAGCAACAGCAGCAGCAGCAACAACAGCAGCAACAACAGGGGCAGGAGGGGGAACGGCAGCAGCAGACCCACAGUCUCUCAGGCACUCUUCUGCCCUCCCCACCCGAGCGCCGUGAGCAGCAGCAGCAGCAGCAGCAACGACAGCCGCCGCAGCUGCUGCAGCAGCAGCCGCAGCAACUGCAGCAGCUGCAGCAGCAGCAGCCGCAAUUUCAGCAGCUGCAGCAGCAGCAGCCGCAGCAACUUCAGCAGCUGCAGCAGCUGCAGCAGCAGCAGCCGCAGCAACUGCAGCAACUGCAGCAGCAGCAGCCGCAGCAACUUCAGCAGCUUCAGCACCAGCAGCCUCAGCCGCAGCAAUUUCAGCAGCUGCAGCAGCAGCAGCCGCAGCAACUUCAGCAGCUGCAGCAGCAGCAGCUGCAGCAACUUCAGCAGCUCCAGCAACAGCAGCCGCAGCAACUGCAACAGCUACAGCAGCAGCAGCCGCAACAACUGCAGCAACUGCAGCAACUGCAGCAGCUGCAGCCGCAACAACUGCAGCAACUGCAGCAACUGCAGCAGCUGCAGCCGCUGCAGCAGCAGCAGCCACAGCAACUGCAGCUGCAGCAGCAGCAGCCGCAGCAACUGCAGCAGCUGCAGCAGCAUCAGCCACAGCAACUGCAGCCGCUGCAGCAGCAGCAGCCACAGCAACUGCAGCCGCUGCAGCAGCAGCAGCCACAGCAACUGCAGCAGCUGCAGCAGCAGCAGCCGCAGCAACUGCAGCCGCUGCAGCAGCAGCAGCCACAGCAGCUGCAGCAGCUGCAGCAGUCGCAGCAGCAGCAGCCGCAGCAACUGCAACAGCUGCAGCAGCUGCAGCAGCAGCAGCAGCAGCAGCCGCAGCAACUGCAGCAGCUGCAGCAGCAGCAACUGCAGCAGCUGCAGCAGCUGCAGCAGCAGGAACAGCUUCCUCUCCAGCCAUGGGAUAUAGAGUCCUCCUCUCAGUGGGGGAUGGCGCUGCUUCCUCCACAGCAGCAGCAGGCACAGCAGGAACAGCAGCAGCAGCAGCAGCAGCAGCAGCAGCAGCAGCAGCACGGGCUGGCCUCUAGCGCAGCUGCUGCUGAAUUCGAUUUGCCUUACCUGGGCGACCCGCUGCCCCCUUUAACCUGGAGAGAGGAGCAGCAGCUGCAGCAGCUGCAGAUGCUUCGGCUGCAGCGCCUGCAUCAGCACGAGCAGCAGCAGCUGCAGCAGCAGCAGCAGCAGCAGCAGCAGCGGCUCUCCGACGUGGCACCAGCAGCAGACCACGUGGGCGAUGGACUGGGUUACCUUGGGAGGCCAUUGCAACAGCAGCAGCAGCAGCAGCAGCAGGUGGUAGAGGAGCAGGGCCAAGCAGCCCAGCGCCAGCAGCAGCAGCAGCAGCAGCAGCAGCAGCAGCAGAGCCUGCUGGCAGCAGAAAGAGCCUCUCCUCAGAUGGGUCCGUCCCCUGCUGCUCAAGGAACAGCAGCAGCUGCUGCUUCAGGCCGAGUAGCAACAACUGCUUCAGGGACUCCUUUUGCUGGGCUGCGCAGCGGCGCUGGCGCAUCUGCUGCAACGUUUGCUUCGUUUGCCCCCGCAGAGGCAGCAGCACCUGCUGUUGCUGCUGCAGAUGAGCCCAGCAGCAGCAGCAGCAUGCGCAGCAGCAGCAGCAACAGCGUAGGCCCCGAGGCCCCGGCCGAGGCUGCAGGCAUCUCGGGGGGGAGCAGCACACGCAGCAGCAGCAGCAGCAGCAGCAGCAGAAGCAGUAGCAGCAGAAGCAGCAGCAGCAGCAGAGUCAGCCGUUGUGUCUCGGAGCUGCGCCUCUCCCUUGAUGGACAUGGCCGAUUCUCCCGUCGCUUCCGCAGCUUCUACUCCAGCAGCAGCCUUUGCCCCAUUUGCUGCCGCUGCAAAGCCAACAAAAACUCCCAAAGAAUUCCACUACCCAGGGAAAGCCCCUUGGCGGUAUUGGUUUGCGCGGGGGCCAUUUUCUUACCCAAGCUUGUGCAGCUGGUUCAGCUGCUGCAGCCCGGGGCCCUGGGGGCCCCUGCCGCUGAAGAGAGGGCCCCCGCAGCAGCAGCUGUGGGGCCCCCAGUGCUGUUUUGGGGGCCCCCCGAGGACUUGCUGCAGCUGCCACCUUCUGCUGCUGGUGCUGCAGCAGAGCAGCGGCUGCGGUCUGCUGCUUCGGGGCAGCAGCAGCUGUGGACAGCUCGGGUGCGGCGGCGGAUGUCGGAGCAGCACCAGCAGCAGCACCAGCAGCAGCAGCAGCAGCAGCUGCUGGCGCUGCAGCAGCUGCAGCAGCUGCAGCAGCAGCAAGGCAGCGAAAGAGAGACCUACCAAGUUUUGCUGACGAGUCUGCGGGGCUCCCCAGCGCUGGGGCUGGAGCCCACAGUGCCGAGCAGCAGCAGCAGCAGCAGCAGCAGCAGCAGCAGCAGCUUGCGGCGGCGGCGGUCGCUGCUGCAGCAGCAGCCUGCUGCUUGCUGGGGCUGCGGCGGCAGCAGCAGCUGCUGCUGCUUGCUGCAGGGCGGCCGGCUGCCCCUCGAACUGGAGCUAAACCCUUCUUUGUCUUUUCACUCUUCAAUAACUUGUGCUGUCAGCAAAGAAGAAACCUCCAAGACAAACCCUCCCAGGCUCCUCUCCUGCGGCCACGUCGUCUGCGAGUGA